AUGAGAAUCGGCUGGUUCUUCUUGUUCGCCUUUCUUUUUAUCCAAGGCACCUUUCAGACGACGAACAAAACAAGAACCAUGCAUUUGAUAGAGAAAUCGGAAACUUGCAUAAACGAAACCGUACUUUCGUUCAGGUCGAAAGACGACCACCGCUCGAAGAGCUCGAUGGAAUUGCAAGGAUCGCUGAAGCAAGCGGCGAAUUCGACUUGGAACACAACUACGCAACAAGUGAUUGCGACGAGACAAGGUCCUUGUCAAUGCCGCGGCGGUGUUUGCAGCUGUUGCUCACGAAUUUUAUACGACACUUGGAAACAAAAAGCUUGCGUAAACGUGACGUACGAACCAGACGAAUUCAGUUUCACAGCAAAAAUAUCAAUGAACGAUAAAGUGUUGUACACAAGAACCGUGUCCGGGAAGAAUCCUCGGCCAGUAUGCGUGCCAGUACCACGAAUACCAGUCGUUAAAGCCUGCGUCAGAUUCUACAAUAUAUAUUUCCAAGGGAGAAACAUUCAUCUAUGCGUGAAUAUGGAGGGGAAGUUUAGAGAGACAAUCAUAUUUAAGGUUGGUCUAGACUGCAUUAGAUUCGGCUCGAACGGGUUGGCUCUAGUAAAACCGGAGGACGGGGGUGGAUUAGGUCAAAUAGAAUUUUUACCAAACAACGACAACGAUGAAGAUGAUGACAAUUAUGAUUACGCCGCCGCUGACGACGACGACUACGACGACGACGAUGACUACGACGACGACGACGACGACGACGACGACGACGACGAUUUACUUGAUUUCUAAGAGAAUUAAAAUUUUUAUCGAUUAUCUAUACGACCGAUGUAUUAGUGUAAUCAUGCGUUGUUACUGUUACUUAAUCGUAACAAUGUAUAUGUACCGUAUCUUUUUAAAAAGAAUACCGUGAUAAUUUAAUUAUUUAUUAACUGCUAAAACUCACUUGAUUUUAUGUUUCAAAGCACGUGAUACGCGUUCCGGGGAUGAGAGCAAUAAACGAAUGAAUACGAAA